CAGGAUGGAGGCUCUCCUCCACUCAGCAGCAACGUGACUGUGAAAAUAAUGAUCCAGGACCAGAACGACAACCCCCCUCAGGUUCUGUACCCAGUCCAGACUGGUGGCUCUCUGGUGGCUGAAAUGGUGCCUCGUUCAGCAGAUGUGGGCUAUCUGGUGACUAAAGUGGUGGCUGUUGAUGUGGACUCUGGACAGAAUGCCUGGCUCUCCUAUAAACUGCAGAAAGCCACAGACAGGGCGCUGUUUGAAGUGGGCUUACAGAAUGGAGAAAUCAGAACUAUCCGCCAAGUCACUGAUAAAGAUGCUGUCAAACAAAGACUGACUGUUAUAGUGGAGGACAACGGGCAGCCCUCUCGUUCAGCUACAGUCAUUGUUAACGUGGCGGUGGCGGACAGCUUCCCUGAAGUGCUGUCGGAGUUCACUGAGUUGACCCACGACAAGGAGUACAAUGACAACCUGACUUUUUACUUAGUCUUGGCUCUGGCUGUAGUUUCCUUCCUCUUCAUCACGUGUUUAGUGGUUAUUAUAUCAGUCAAAAUCUACAGGUGGAGACAGUCUCGCAUCCUGUAUCACUCCAACCUGCCUGUCAUUCCAUAUUAUCCACCACGUUACUCAGACACUUUGGGGACAGGGACUCUGCCACAUGUGUACAAUUACGAGGUGUGCAGGACGACUGACUCCAGAAAGAGUGACUGUAAGUUCGGCAGAGCUGGUAGUCAGAACGUGCUGAUAAUGGACCCCAGUUCUACAGGAACGAUGCAGCGGAUACAGAGUGAAAAGAGCAUCCUGGAUGAACCAGACUCUCCUCUAGAGGUCAGUUAGAGGAUAUUUCUAUAUUUAUUUUCUUUCUUUACUUAAUUACUCUAAUGAAAAUCUUCCGCAGCAUUACACAUUUCUCAGCACCAAGGACAGCGUCUCAGUUUUUAGGCCUAACUAUAUACCUGCAUAUAGGUAGGCCUAAAAAGCUUUUUUAAAAGGUCUUACAUAGUUAAUUUUUAAAAGAAAGUUCUCCCUAAAAGUUCCCAAUAGUUUCCAGUAUUUCAUAUACUGAAGCUGUGCUGGAGAAAAGAUUAAUGAUCAUACUCCUGGUGUUUGUGCAAUGUUUUGUGCUUGCUUAUUGCAUCCCCAUAAGACGAUAAAGACGACAUUGUCAAAUUAAAAUACUAAAAAGAAGCAGAAGUAAGUCAGCUACGUAUUUCUGAAGAGCAACGUUAUUUUUCCUGAAGCCUGCGAAGAAACAAAAAAAAAUGUUUUCUGUUACUCAUCUCUACUUGCUUAACCUGUUUAAUUAUGAUGAUAUUGUUUUUACUCUUUCUAAGCAUUUGAAGCCAGGGAAUCAUUUUAGUUUCUGGUUAUCAUGAUCUUUCGACUGUUGUAUCUACAUUUCUUUUCUGAGAGUAGCAGUUCUAUUCUAGUGAUUUUGUUCCCCUGGUUCUCGGCACUGUUGUUCAGCUGGUAGAUAAUGUAAUUAAAACUUCUCUUGUUUGUGGUAGAUCGUUCUCAAUUUAACUUUUCCACUCACUAUUAGUUGUAUACACUCUUCAGUGAAAAAUUAUUUUAUUAAUGAAAGUAAUUUCAUAUUGAUCCCCACGGCUUAGAUCGUUGUCACAAAGAUUCAAGUCUCGUGUGAUUUCUACCUUUUAGACUCUAAGGGACGCUGUUGGCCGCUGAAAUAUUUUCUCUGUUAUGUUGUCAUUCAGUCCAUCCUCUCAGAAAUCACACGGCGAGGACGGCUAUCUGUGUUUUGCCGAGGGUUCAUGUGAACGAAGUCUCACAGAUUUCCGCUUAACGCUUGAGAACAAUUUUAUAAGCCAACCAGCUACUGGUAUACUAGGGUAUUUUUGUUACUGCCUAAAGAGACGAUUUUUUCUUUCUUUGUACCUUUUUUGUCUGAGUAAUGGCGCCUGUAAGACGUCUACAUUACAUAUCAGCAGGGUGGGAAUCAUUUUGUGGAGUACGACGUCGCAUAGGAUCGCUUCUGUUGCUGCUUCUUGCGGUUAACAUGGUAGGUGGUCAGAUUCGGUAUUCUAUACCUGAGGAGAUGAAGAAAAGCUCUGUUAUUGGUAAUGUGGCGCAGGAUCUUGGCUUGGAUCUGAAAAGGCUCCGCUCAGGGCGGGCCCGUAUCGUGACCGGAGAAAAUGUUCACUACACCGAGCUGCAGAAA